GUAUUACACUGUCAGAGGAGAGAAAUGUAGAGCUCUCCUAUGUGAUUGGAGAAUUCACAUUUGUUGACACGCCCCAAAUCUAUGAGCAUGGAUCAAUUAUCGAAGGCAAGAUAAAUGCUGUUCGAUAUAACAACACACCCAUCUCUGACAUGUUAGUCUACCUGUUCGAGGAGAAAGGCUGGUCCUCAUAUCUACGACUACAGAACCUAACCACGGACAGUCGUGGUAUUGCCAGGUUCUCCGUUAACACAACCAGUCUGCCCAAAGAGAAUAUUAACCUCGUAGUGAGCGACACCCCACAAGUGGAGUACCCAGGAUACAGGGUCCCCUAUUUCAACAGAGGGCAACACCUACUCUCGCUGAUCCAGCCCGCUGCCCCUGACAUUAAACCGUCCAGCUCCCUGGCUAUUCAGAAGGUGGAGACACCACUGGCGUGUGGGCAGGCGGUGUCCAUCACCAUCCGCUAUGCCAUCGUAGGGGAGACUGUCCCAAAGGGCUCUGUGGCUGUCCUCUACCUGGCCUUGUCCAGAGGGGUCAUAGUUCAGCAUGGACACAUCAAUGUUACUGUGCAGCAGGACAGUCCUGUAGCCGAGGGUGACGUCACCUUGACGUUGGCAGUGGUCCCAGAGAUGGCGCCGGUGGUUCAGCUCCUGGUGUACAGUAUGCUACCCAGUGAGACUGUCAUCGCCCACAGCAUGAACUUCCCCACUGAGAAAUGCUUCAGGAACAAGGUGUUGGUGGAGUUCUCACCCUCCAACGCUGUCCCAGGGGAGGAGAACACCCUGCAUCUCUCGGCCCGGCCCGGUUCCCUCUGUGGCCUCGGUGCUGUUGACCAGAGUGUUGGCAUCAUGGAGCCAGGGAAGAGGCUGGAUGCUGACAAGAUAUUUAAUUUGCUACCGGUCAAGGAGACGACCUAUGUUCCCUACGAGCUUGAAGAUCCAGUAGCAUGUUUACGCGUUAGACCAAGGAGAUCCAUAAUACCACACCCAUAUGGACCGUCUGAGCAGACAAAUGAUCCUUAUGCAGUUUUUCAGACACUGGGAUUGAAGCUAGCGACUAACCUGGAUAUAAGAGUACGUUCCUGCCUCAGUUACCAGGGGAACCAGUACUAUCGCUCCUAUGUAGCUUACAGCCUAAUGGCUAGGCCUGGAUCAGCAGGUCCUAGACUUGAAAUGGCUGUGGCUGGUGGACUUGCCGCUCCACCUCCGCCACCCAUACAGACGGUCCGUACAUUCUUCCCUGAGACAUGGAUUUGGGACCUUGUGGAAGUUGGGGAGUCUGGAUCUUUAGAUGUCCCCCUGACAGUCCCAGACACCAUCACCACCUGGGAGACUGAGGUCUUCUGCCUGGCCCCCAGUGGCUUUGGUCUGGCUCCUCUGGUGGAGCUCACGGUCUUCCAGCCCUUCUUCCUGGAGCUCACCCUGCCCUACUCAGUCAUCCGGGGAGAGCACUUUGAGCUGAAGGCCACUGUGUUUAACUACCUCUCCAAGUGCAUCAUGGUUUCUGUGACUCCAGCUCUUUCCUCAGACUACACUCUCACACCCUUGCGUGAUGUCCAGGACUCCUCGUGCUUGUGUGCCAAUGGACGAAAGACCUUCAGUUGGACACUGGCCCCCUCUGUCCUGGGGGUUUUGAACGUGUCUGUUAGUGCGGCGGCUGUCCGGUCCCAGACUGCGUGUGACAACGGGGUUGUGAACGUACCGGAGAGAGGACGCGUUGACACAGUCACACGGAGCCUGCUGGUGAAGGCUGAGGGAACAGAGAAGAGCCACACCUACAACUGGUUGCUGUGUCCUACUGGAGAAGCUCUGACGGAGGAGGUGGAACUGCAACUUCCCCAGAAUGUGGUGGAUGGCUCUGCUAGGAUUUCCCUCUCGGUUUUAGGGGACAUCCUGGGUCGGGCCCUCAACAACCUGGAUGGACUGUUGCAGAUGCCGUAUGGGUGUGGGGAGCAGAAUAUGGCCCUGCUCUCCCCCAAUAUCUACAUCCUGGAGUACCUGAGGAACACAGAGCAGCUCACGCCAGCCAUCCUAGAAAAGGCCACCAAGUUCCUCACUAGUGGUUACCAACGGCAGCUGAACUACAAGAAUGCUGAUGGUGCGUACAGCACGUUUGGACAAGGCUUGGGGAACACCUGGCUGACUGCUUUUGUCUUGAGAUCCUUUGGCAAAGCCCAGUCUUUCAUCUAUGUUGACCCGGCAACGAUGGAGCAAUCCAAGACUUGGUUGGAACGUCAACAAGGCCAACGUGGCUGUUUCAGAACUUUAGGGAAGCUCUUGAACAACAGAAUUAAGGGUGGAGUGACGGAUGAAGUCACACUGACGGCUUACAUCACUGCUUCAAUGCUGGAGCUCAACAUGUCCGUGACGGAUCAUGUUGUGGACCACAGCUUGUCUUGCCUGAAGAACUCCACCAGUGAUUUGUCCAACACCUACGCUACUGCUCUGCUGGCCUACACCUUCACCCUGGCAGGUGACAUGGAGACACGGGCCCGGCUUCUGCAGCACCUCGACACCAUCUCAUUUCAAGAGGGGGGUCUCCUGCACUGGUCCCAGUCCUCCUCUGAGACCUCGCCCUCCCUGGAGGUGGAGAUCAGCUCCUACGUUCUGCUGGCGUCCCUCAGUGCCUCUUCUCGGUCGACCUCUGACCUGGGCUACGCCUCCCGCAUCGUCAGGUGGCUGGUGAGGCAGCAGAACGCCUACGGAGGCUUCUCUUCCACCCAGGACACGGUGGUGGCCCUCCAGGCCCUGGCUCUCUACUCCACCAGGGUGUUCAGUAGAGGAGGAGCCAGCACAGUGACGGUCAGGUCUCCCAGUGGGGACCGGUGCCUCUUCCAUGUGAACCAAAACAACAAGCUUCUGUACCAGGAGAGGGCGCUGCAGGACACAGAAGGGAAGUACAGCGUUGAAGUGCAGGGCAGUGCUUGUGCCUCAGUGCAGGUGGUGCUCCGCUACAACGUCCCUAGUCCUACCAGAAGAACAACGCUCAGUAUCCAGGUGACUCCAGAGGUGGACUGCAACAGGAAGUCUUUGAGACCCAGAGUCACGCUGAAGCUCCAGUCUCGAUAUCAUGGAAAGGAGCUCACCACCAAUAUGAUUAUAGUGGAUUUGAAAAUGCUCUCUGGGUUUUCUCCAGAUCCAGACUCUUUGGGGAGGCUGCGGGGUUCAAGUCAAGUGGAUCGUGUUGAUAUCAAAGAUGACCAUGUGUUAAUGUACUUGACAGAGCUGACAUCACUACUUCCUUUCCACAUCACCCUGGACAUCAUACAGGAGUUCCCAGUACAGAAUCUAAAGCCAGCAGUGGUCAAGAUCUAUGACUACUACCAGCCAAGUGACAAGGCUGAGACAGAAUACGUCUUCCCUUGCAACUAGGGGUUCCCAGCUGAUGGAAGAAGAUGACAUUGAUGUCACACCUGCAACCCUUGAGACGUCUUUCAAGUGCUGAAGUAAAACUAUGGAUCUGGAAAUAAAGUGUUUCAUUAAAACCCUUUUCUGGA